AUGAUUCCUGACUUGGUAAUUGUAGAGGUGAAUGAUGAGCCGGUAUCUGUGAACGUUGAAGUGUAUGGGACAGGCACAGGAACUACAGUAACAUGGGGUUCCUUUCAGUUGAGAUCGCUGCAUCAGAGGAUUGCGAAGGACCGUGUAUUGUCGAGACAGCUGCCGUCGAUGAAAUGUGUAAUAGAGUCGACGUUUGAACAGAAGGCGGGGUUGAAUGAGGUGACGGGGUUGAAUGAGGGGGUGGGAUUGAAAAAGGAGGCGAGAUUGAAGCAGGAGGCGAGAUUGAGUGAGGAGAUGGGGUUGAAGAAUAAGGCGGGAUUGAAGCAGGAGAUGGGGUUGAAGGAGGCGAGAUUGAAUGAGGAGAUGGUAUUGAAAAAGGAGGAAGCGAGAUUGAGUGAGGAGGCGGAAUUGAAUGCGGAGAUGGGAUUGAAAAAGGAGGCGAGAUUGAAUGAGGGGAUGGUAUUGAAAAAGGAGGAAGCGAGAUUGAAACCGAGAUUAAAACCGAGAUUGUCCCCGAGAUUGAAGGAGGAGGCGGGAUUGAAGGAGGAAGAAGCGAGAUUGAAGGAGGAGAUGGGAUUAGAGGAGAUGGGAUUAGAGGAGGAGAUGGGAUUAGAGGCGAGAUUGGAGGCGGGGAUUUGGUCGCCUUCGAGGGAGUUGGGGUGUCUUCGAAUAGACAAUGCAAUUGUCAGAUUCACCCUGCUAUACGCCUCAGUUGCUUAA